AGUGGAUCCAAUCGAUUGCUGAUGCAACACACUGACAGUUUCCACCACCGGCUGCGUAAAUGCGUAUUCAUUGACGCCGCUGACGUUCUUGAGGCAUUUAAAAAGUGAUGAUAAUACAUUGCUUAAAAUAUCUCUGGUAGUAGUUGGAAGGACUUUCACCAUGGCAGCCCAGCUAAGCCCAGAUGAGAAGCUGCACCUCAUCACCAGGAACCUGCAGGAGGUGCUCGGGGAAGAUAAGCUGAAGCAGCUCCUUCAGGAGAGAGAGUUGAAGCUGUACUGGGGAACCGCCACCACUGGCAAGCCUCAUGUAGCUUACUUUGUUCCCAUGUCUAAGAUAGCGGACUUCCUCAAAGCUGGAUGUGAGGUCACCAUUUUGUUUGCGGACUUACACGCCUUCCUCGACAAUAUGAAGGCUCCUUGGGAGCUCCUGGAGCUCCGGGUGAAGUACUAUGAAGAGAUCAUCAAGGCUAUGUUGGAGAGCAUCGGCGUACCAUUGGAUAAACUCAAGUUUGUCAAAGGAACAGACUACCAGCUCAGUAGAGAGUACACUCUCGAUGUGUACCGACUAUCUUCCAUGGUGACCGAGCAUGAUGCCAAAAAGGCUGGCGCCGAGGUGGUCAAGCAGGUGGAGCAUGCUCUGCUGAGUGGUCUACUGUAUCCAGGACUGCAGGCGCUUGAUGAGGAGUACCUAAAGGUGGAUGCCCAGUUUGGAGGAGUGGACCAAAGAAAGAUCUUCACCUUUGCCGAGAAGUACCUCCCACCAUUGGGCUUUGCCAAGCGCAUCCAUCUGAUGAACCCAAUGGUACCAGGACUGACUGGUGCCAAAAUGAGCUCCUCAGAGGAAGAUUCUAAGGUGGACCUGCUAGACUCUAAGGAAGACUUGAAGAAGAAGCUAAAAAAGGUCUUCUGUGAGCCAGGAAACAUUCAGAACAAUGGGGUUCUCUCCUUUGUCAAAUUUGUGCUCUUCCCUCUUCGUGGAGUGUUCUCUAUCAAAAGAGACGCAAAGUUUGGUGGAGACAAAGUCUACGCUGCGUAUGAAGAAGUGGAGAAGGACUUUGUAGAGGAGCUCAUUCACCCUGGAGACCUGAAGGCCUCUGUGGAGGCGGCCCUCAAUGAGCUGCUGGACCCCAUCCGCAAAAAGUUUCAGUCGGAGGAACUACGCAAACUGACCAAUGCUGCUUACCCAACGACAAAGACGAAAGGAGCAGGCAAGGGUGCAAAAGCAGCAGGAGAUGAUGAAGAGUUAGUGCCAUCUAAACUGGACAUCCGGGUGGGAAAGAUUGUCAAUGUGGAGAAGCAUCCAGACGCUGACUCGCUGUACCUGGAGAAGAUUGACAUUGGGGAGGCAGAGCCCAGGACCGUGGUUAGCGGGCUGGUAGCCUACAUCUCCCAGGAGGACCUGCAAGACCGAAUGGUGCUGGUGUUGUGCAAUCUCAAACCCCAGAAGAUGCGUGGCAUCGAGUCACAAGCCAUGCUGCUCUGUGCUUCUAUUGAAGGUGAUCCCAGGAGAGUGGAGCCACUUGACCCUCCUGAGGGUUCAUCACCAGGCGACCGGGUCUUUGUGGAAGGUCACGAGGCAGGCAAACCAGACGAAAAACUUAACCCGAAGAAGAAAGUGUGGGAGAAACUACAAGUUGACCUGAAGAUCUCAGAGGAGUGCACAGCUCAGUGGAAAGACAACCUGCUGAUGACCAAACUAGGACAGAUUACGUGUAAGAGUCUCAAGGGAGGCAAUAUCAGUUAGGUACUCACCUUCACCUGCCAGCCACAUCACAAGAGUACACUUAAUAAAUUGCCACGGAACAACGAAGAUGGUGUCUUGGAAAGUUAUGGGACAUGGAUGCUGAAAGUGUUUUAAUAAUCUUUAAAACAGAAAAAAAAAAAUGGGUAUUUGUCAAUGAUAUCAUGGGACCUGUUAUGAUUCACAACAUCUGUACUGGAAAUUGCAGACUUACACGAACACAUACUGUAUGACAAACCCUGUGACUGCUUCUGUACUUCAUCAGUCAUGGUUUCCUGUGCAGUUGCAUCAUUGGUAGAAUUGCACAUAAAGUAUAAUACAAGUCAUGAUCAAAACCAUAACCUCCGACACUUAAUGAACUCUUGAUAUCAAAAGUCUGUGUGAUGUGACAAGUACACAUUAUCUAAUACUGGUGAUAUACCUCCUAAACAUUGAAAAGAACCAUGAAUAAAUAGCAUUUGCUUUUCAUAACUG